AUGGCCUCAAAGGACUACGACAAGAUGACCGUUGCUCUUUUGCGGGAUGAGUUGAAGUCGAGAAACCUUUUAGUGGAAGGAAAAAAGGCGGAAUUGAUUGAUCGAUUGAGGGCAUCUGAUAAAGAAGCGGAAGAUGAGCUGCUCAAUUCGACUCUUGGCGAUGAUCUCCUGCCAGUUAAUGAGGAAGAUCUUCUACUACAAACGGGUGGUGGAAGUAAUGAAAUAAAGACAGACGGCACUGAUCUUUUGGAAAGCGAAAAAGACAACGAUAAGGCAAAGAAACGUGUUGAAUGGAGUUCGUCAACUGAAGAGAAAAUGGCACGAGCCGCUCGUUUAGGAUUGCCGAUUGCAGCCACAGCCGGUACUCAUUCAGCUGGAAGUCUCACCGAUGAUGCUAAAGCUAAUCGAGCCAAAAGAUUUGGCACCCAAGCCGAGACGAUUGUCGAUUCGAAUGAGGCUAAAGCACGUCGCUUGGCUAGAUUCGGAGUCUCUUCCGUUGAACCAACUCCGAGAAUGAAUGCGGCAAAGUUGAGCGUUGAUGAUUCGACAAAAGAAAAGCUGUUGAAACGAGCACAGAGAUUUGGUCUACCAGUCAGCGGCAAUGGAAAAGCGCUGGGAACUGUGGAAGCUCCUGAGGAAAAUGCGAAGAAACGAGCACGUCUCGAACGUUUUGGACUCCCCGUA